GUCCUUGGUGGUUAAAGAUACAAAGCCUGUCUUGUCCCUUUGCACCCAAUGUUGUAAUCAAAGAAACGAGCGAGUGUCAGGGGACACGUCGAACACUUGCUGCGACUGUCGGAGGCGGAGAGAAGAGAGAGAGAGAGUGGCCACCACCGUCUACUCCACCGCGAACCACCACCCUCCUCCCCUCUCUUCAUCGCAAUUUCACUUCUUCUUCUUCAACUUCGCGAUGAUGCUUCAGUUCCCGAGGGUGAGGGUUUAAUUAUCCCCUUUCACUUCAUCCUUGCCGUUCAAAGUCGAAGCUUCCAGAACCCACCCCAAAAAGUGUGUUCCAGAUGGCAUGGAUGGAAGAUAGUGAUGGGAAAGAGAAGGAGUUAGCGGGAGAAAAUGGUUUCCUGAAAGUGUCAGAGGCUUCUAUCAGUUCUAGUGGCUCUGCUGGGGAUGUUGAUUCUGCGCCCAACCAGGGAUGCGAAGGGAAAGGCGAUCUUUCUUAUGCGAAUAUUUUACGCUCAAGGAACAAGUUUGUGGACUCUCUUGCAAUGUAUGAGCGUGUUCUGGAGACUGAUAAUGGAAAUGUGGAGGCUCUCAUUGGGAAAGGGAUAUGCCUGCAGAUGCAGAAUAUGGGUAGGCUUGCUUUUGACAGUUUUUCUGAGGCUAUCAAGUUGGAUCCUCAAAAUGCUUGUGCUCUCACACAUUGUGGUAUUCUGUACAAAGAAGAAGGUCGCUUGAUGGAGGCAGCUGAGUCAUAUCAAAAGGCUUUACGAGCAGAUCCUUCGUACAAAGCAGCUGCUGAAUGCUUAGCCAUUGUUUUAACGGAUAUUGGUACCAACAUAAAGCUUGCAGGAAACACUCAGGAGGGAAUUCAAAAAUAUUUUGAAGCUCUCAAAAUAGAUCCACACUAUGCUCCAGCAUAUUAUAACCUUGGUGUGGUCUAUUCCGAAAUGAUGCAAUAUGACAUGGCUCUCACUUUCUAUGAAAAGGCUGCAUUAGAGAGGCCUAUGUAUGCUGAAGCAUAUUGCAACAUGGGUGUGAUUUAUAAAAAUCGUAGUGAUUUGGAAGCGGCUAUUACUUGUUAUGAGAGGUGUUUAGCUGUUUCACCUAACUUUGAAAUUGCAAAGAAUAAUAUGGCUAUAGCUUUGACAGAUUUGGGAACAAAGGUUAAAUUGGAAGGUGACAUCAACCGAGGUGUGGCUUUUUAUAAGAAAGCUUUGUAUUACAACUGGCAUUAUGCUGAUGCUAUGUAUAAUCUUGGGGUUGCUUAUGGUGAGAUGCUUAAGUUUGAUAUGGCAAUUGUGUUCUAUGAACUUGCCUUCCACUUCAAUCCUCAUUGUGCGGAAGCUUGUAAUAAUCUAGGCGUUAUAUAUAAAGAUCAUGACAACCUUGAUAAAGCUGUAGAAUGUUACCAGCUUGCUUUGUCAAUCAAACCUAACUUUUCGCAGUCAUUAAACAACCUUGGUGUUGUAUACACUGUACAGGGUAAGAUGGAUGCUGCUGCAAGUAUGAUUGAGAAAGCCAUCAUUGCAAAUCCAACAUAUGCAGAAGCAUACAAUAACCUAGGGGUUCUUUAUAGGGAUGCUGGUGAUAUUGCUCUGGCCAUUAAUGCUUAUGAACAAUGUCUUAAGAUCGAUCCUGAUUCUCGAAAUGCUGGCCAGAACCGCUUGCUUGCGAUGAAUUACAUAGAUGAAGGAAAUGAUGACAAACUUUUUGAGGCUCACAGGGACUGGGGAAGGCGAUUUAUGAGACUAUAUUCACAGUUCACAUCAUGGGACAACUCAAAAGAUCCUGAACGGCCUCUUGUAAUAGGAUAUGUAUCUCCUGAUUAUUUUACACAUUCAGUGUCGUAUUUCAUAGAAGCUCCCCUUGUCUAUCAUGAGUACACCAAUUAUAAAGUGAUUGUCUAUUCAGCAGUUGUCAAGGCAGAUGCAAAAACCAUUCGGUUUAGGGAGAAAGUCUUAAAGAAGGGCGGUAUCUGGAGAGAUAUUUAUGGGACUGAUGAAAAGAAGGUUGCUGAGAUGGUUAGAGAAGAUCAAGUUGAUAUUUUGGUAGAACUUACUGGUCAUACCGCAAAUAAUAAGCUGGGAAUGAUGGCUUGUCGUCCCGCUCCAGUUCAGGUGACUUGGAUUGGUUAUCCCAAUACGACAGGAUUACCUACAAUUGAUUACAGAAUCACUGAUUCACUGGCAGACUCUCCCGAAACAAAGCAGAAGCAUGUUGAAGAGUUAGUGCGAUUACCGGAUAGCUUCCUUUGUUACACUCCUUCUCCUGAGGCUGGUCCUGUUUGUCCAACUCCUGCUCUUUCCAAUGGCUUCGUUACAUUUGGCAGUUUUAACAAUCUUGCCAAGAUUACACCUAAAGUAAUGAAGGUCUGGGCAAGGAUACUUUGUGCAAUUCCAAAUUCUCGUCUAGUGGUAAAAUGUAAACCAUUUUGCUGUGAUAGCGUGCGUCAGAGAUUUCUUUCAACGCUAGAGCAGUUAGGUUUGGAACCACUGCGUGUUGAUCUUCUGCCCCUUAUUCUUCUUAACCACGAUCAUAUGCAAGCAUAUUCUCUGAUGGACAUCAGUUUGGACACAUUUCCAUAUGCUGGAACAACUACAACAUGUGAAUCUUUAUACAUGGGAGUUCCAUGUGUUACUAUGGCUGGUUCGGUACAUGCACACAAUGUUGGUGUUAGUCUUCUUAGCAAAGUUGGUCUGGGGCAUUUGAUUGCCAAAAAUGAAGAUGAAUAUGUGAAUUUGGCUCUGAAGUUGGCCUCUGACAUUUCAGCUCUACAAAACUUGAGAAUGAGUCUGCGGGAGCUCAUGUCCAAGUCCCCUCUCUGUAAUGGGUCAAAUUUUAUCCGUGGUCUAGAGUUAACAUACAGGCAUAUGUGGCGCCGAUAUUGUAAAGGAGAUGUUCCAUCAUUGAAACGCAUGGAGUUGUUGCAACAGCCUGUUUCUACUUCUGACCCAUCUGAUAAGAACUCCGAGUCAACGAAGGUCGUAAACUCAAGUGAGGGAGGCCCUGAAUCUGUUAAGGCCAAUGGAUUUAGUUUAACACAGCCACCGAAGCUUAAUAUUCUCGGUUUUGAAGAAAAUGGUGGGUCAUUGAAUCACAGUAGCAAGCAAGGAAUGGUUGGUUCUAGUUGAAUUAUUCAUCUGAGGUUCCUUUGCGGUGGUUGAAGGAUGUUCACUGUAUUUCUAUAGGUGCAGUAUUAGGCUUACAUGAUGUAUAUGUGGGUUGCUACUGGAAGAGGCUUGCGGCAACCACAGCAUCACACUAAGUUAAAUUUUCACAAUUUUUUUCGGGGGAAAGAAGUCUCAGCAUCAGUUAUCAAAUCUUAAUUGCUACAGACACGCAGAGAAGCGAUGCUGAUUAGAGCAUCCUUCAAUAGCUGUAACCCAUUUUCCCCUGAAUUAUAGUAGUUAGUUGGGUGUAAAUUGUGUAAUGUUUAUUUACUUUUCUAUCAUGGCAUUGUUGGUUAGAUCAUAAUGGAGUUACCUGAGCGUGUAAAAGGCUUUCUAUGAAAAGUAGGAAGGGGCAAAUUUAAAUAUCCUGUGGUGAUUUGUUGAUUAA